GACCCGGAAGUACUUUUUUAGUGUCGCUGACAAGACGCUAAUGAAAACAGCGCAGCUAACCAGACAGUUAUAAAGGUGAAAAGAAAGGCUCUUGUCACUCUGGGAGCUUCUCUGUGUGUGUGAGUGCGUGAAAGAGAGGAAAAAGUGAGUGUGUGUUGCUGCCUAUCUCGGCUCCUCCUUGGAGGAUGACCAUGGAAGAGAUGAGGAUUGAAACCGAGACAAACUCCAUGGUCUCCAUGACGCUAUACGCUGUCAUGUACCCAGUUUUUAACGAGCUGGAGAGGAUCAACUUGUCAGCUGCCCAGACUCUGAGAGCAGCCUUCAUCAAGGCGGAGAGGGAGAACCCAGGCCUAACUCAGGACAUCAUAAUGAAAAUUCUGGAGAAGAAAAAGGUUCAGAUAAACUACACAGAGUCUCUGCUGCGCAUGGCUGCAGAUGAGGUGGAAGAGUUCUUAGUGGACAGGCCAGAGCAGGAGUUUCAGGACCUAAAUGAGAAAGCCAGAGCUCUGAAACACAUCCUCAGUAAGAUACCUGACGAGAUCAACGACAGGGUACGCUUCCUACAGACAAUUAAAGACAUCGCCAGCGCUAUAAAGGAGCUCCUGGAUACAGUCAAUAACGUCUUUAAGAAAUACCAAUACCAGAACCGUAGGGCUCUUGAGCACCAGAAGAAGGAGUUUGUCAAAUACUCCAAAAGCUUCAGCGACACCCUCAAAACAUACUUCAAAGAUGGAAAGGCGAUCAACGUGUUCAUCAGUGCGAACAGACUGAUCCACCAAACCAACCUCAUUCUGCAGACCUUCAAGACCGUCAUAUAGGGAUGCCUUGGAGAGGCCAUCUGAUCUUCCAACGAAGCAACAUUCAGAAAGGCAUAUGAUCGUAGAGCACCUUUUACCAGAUUUAAAUGUAAAAUAUAGGCUUGAUUUUAUCGGACAGUUUUAAUUUAUACGCCUGAGGUGCGUUCAACAAGGCUGAUGUUAGCAGUGAAAUACGUAAGCUUUUAAAAUGUUAGCUAACGUUAGUGAAUGUUUAAUGGCGAAAAGCUGAAAAACAUUUGAAUAUGUGAUAGCUUUUUUAGUUAUCCCUAUGUACUGUUUAAUUGUUUGAAUCAACAUUUAACGUUUUGGGACCGUCUUGUUGAUUGGGCUGUGACAAUACCAGUAUGACAAUAUCUUUUCCAUGGCAAAAAUGAAAACAUGAAGCAGACAGAACUCUUUGGUCCUUAAAAACCUGCUGUAUGUAAAAUAUUC